AUGUCGGCACAAACCUCCAAUGCAACCUUCCUUAACGUUCGGAGACUUUUGGGCGAAGUCAACGAGCUGAAAGACGCUCUGCGGGCUCUCAAACCCGAAAUCAUUCGCUUUGAGGGGGAAGCCGGUCAUACUGUUUACGGACCAUCCGCCAAAAGAAGACUUGCAGAGUUGUACGACAGAGAGGUCCUGCUCAGCCGACGAGUCAAGUCUUUGGAGAAGAACAUUGCAGGCUACCAGCUCGCACUGGCUAGAGGUCCCGGUGACGGCAGCGAUUCAAGCAAAUCAAGCAGGGCGUCCAGCCGGUCCAGCCGGUCGGGCAAGUCCAACAAGUCUUCCGGCUCUUCUGAAUCGGCCAGCCGGCCUGCUGAGAACGGGUGGUGGUGCCGCUGCGGUGUUUUGAACUACACCGAACCGGAUGAGCAAGUGCCUUGCUGGGGCUGCCAGGCGCAGGUCUUCGACGACAGAUGCUGCGCAUGGCAAAUUGAGCCGCACCCUGAUUCUGUGUCACCCUGGGAGAUUGACAUGCGCGACCCAAGGCGGGAUGCCAGCAACCGCGGCAUCCGUUUCCUCCGUCGCUGA